CCCGCUUCGAGCCUCAGCACCUCAUUUUACUCCUGUAUUCUCCUCUCCGAAAACCCUAGCGAAUAGGGUUCUUCUGUAACUGUGCUGUCUUUGGAGCCCUGCAGUUCUUUUCCUUGUUUGUCAAUUAUGGCCAAGUCUGGCAAGAAAUCAACACCCAAAGUUGAUGCAGCUCCUUCUGUAACCACUGACAGGAAGUCUACGAAGAAAGGUAAGAGAGAAGCUGAAGAAGCUGUAGAGAAACUUGUGAGUGCAAAGAAACACAAGAUAGAUGAGGGGGCAAAACAGGCUGUUAAGAAAGAAAAGAUUGAAGUAAAGAGUCAGAAAAAGAAGAAAGAGGAAUCCAGUAGUUCUGAUGACUCUUCUUCUGAGGAAGAGCAGAAGGCCAAAGUUGUAACCAAGAAGAUGCAGAAGGCAACAAAAACACCUAUUAAAGAAUCUAGUAGUGAGGAGUCCUCUUCAGAUGAGGAGGCCCCUCCCAAAGCUGCUCUUCCUUUGAAGAAGCAGCUUACAGCUGAUAAAAAUGGUUCUGUUGGUGCUGCUGCUCCUAAAAGCAAGGAGGAUAGUAGUUCAGAUUCAUCAGAUGAUGAAUCUGAUGAAGAAGAGGUUAAAGUUGCAGUCAAGAAGGGUGUGAAGGCCACAAAACCACCUGUUGAAGAAUCUAGUAGUGACAGUGAGGAUGAUUCAUCUUCGGAUGAGGAGCCUCACACCAAAGCUGCUCUUCCUCUGAAGAAGCAGCAACUAGAUGCCAAAAAUGGGUCAGUUGGUGCUCCUAAAAACGGCAAGGCAGAUAGUGGCAGUUCAGAAUCUUCAGAUGAUGAAUCUGAUGAGGAAGAGGUUAAAGUUGCAAUCAAGAAGGUUGUGAAGGCCACAAAACCACCUGUUGAAGAUUCUAGCAGUGACAGUGAGGAUGAUUCUUCUUCGGAUGAGGAGUUACCUGCAAAGGCUUCAGCUCCCAAGAUUGUACCCCUGGGGGCAGCCAAAAAAAGGGCUGAAUCUAGUAGUAGCUCUGAUGAAAGAGACAGUUCUGAGGAGAGUGAUUCUGAUGAAGAAAAGGCCCCUGCUUCUAAGAAGGUUGCAUUACCAGCUGCAAAUAACAAAGCUCAAUCAACUGAUGAUUCUGAUGAUAGUGAUUCAGAUGAAUCCUCUGACGAUGAUAAGGGAACAAACACAAAAGCAACCAAAGCUGCACUAAAAGUGCAGGCAUCCAAAAAGGAGGACGGGAAUGGCAGUUCUGAAAGUGACUCCGACUCUGAUGCUCCUGCAGCCAAGGCUGCUGUUGGUUCAAAAAGGCCAUCUUCUGUGGUUCAAACAAAGGAAUCAAAAAAGGUGAAGGUAACUAAAAAGGAAGGCAGCAGUUCAGAUGAGAGCUCUAGUGAUAGUUCAGAUGAUGAAGAGGAGAGUGAGGAUGAAAAACCCAUGAAAACCCCAAGGAAAAAUAGCACUGAUGUGGAAAUGGUAGAUGCUGCAACUCCACCUACAACCACCAAGAAGGCUGAUUUGCAAUCUGCUAAGAAAGCUCCUAAGACUCCUGUUACUCCUGAGGUUCAGUCUACAGGGUCAAAGACUUUAUUUGUUGGCAACCUACCUUUUGAAGUUGAACGAGCUGAUGUGGAAGGUUUCUUUAAAGGUGUUGGUGAAGUUGUUGAUGUACGCUUUGCCAUGGACAAAGAUCAGAGGUUUAAGGGCUUUGGACAUGUUGAGUUUGCCACAGCUGAAGCAGCACAGGAGGCUCUAAAAUUGAAUGGUCAAAGUUUAAAUGGCCGGCAGCUUAGACUUGAUUUGGCACGUGAGAGAGGUGAAAGGUCCUCGUAUACUCCAUAUAGCGGUGGCAGAGAGGAUAGUUCGUUUCAGAAGGGAGGAAGAGGGCAUGCUCAGAAAAUAUUUGUCAGGGGGUUUGAUACCUCUCUUGGCGAGGAUGAUAUUAGGAGUGCCCUGGGGGAGCAUUUUGGAAAUUGUGGAGAGAUUAAUAGGAUAUCAAUCCCAACAAAUUAUGAGACUGGUGCCAUCAAGGGGAUGGCUUACUUGGAAUUCAAAGAUGCUGAUGGUUUCAACAAAGCGCUAGAGCUUAGUGGCAGUCAUCUUGGCGACCAGUACUUAACAGUUGAAGAGGCAAAACCACUAAGGAGUGAUAAUCGUGAUGGCUGGGGUAGUGGCAGAGGUGGAGGCCGAAGCAGUGGAGGGAGGAGAGGUGGUAGAGAUGGUGGUGGUGGUGGCCGUUUUGGUGGUAGAGGUGGUGGUCGAGGCAGAGGACGUGGAACACCCUAUAAACCUAGUGUGACAACAGCUGCCACAGGGAAGAAGACGACAUUUAAUGAUUAUGACUGAAGGCAGAGAAGACUUUUAAUUACGUUUUGCAGAUUUGAAGUAUGAAAUUUUGGUAGUUGUCAAUCAAGAUUUUGUUGGUCUUGUCUGACUAGUAAUUUAAGUUUUCUUAUUUUUAAGGGUCAUUCGACUUCUGCUUAAAAUGGGUACAAUGAUAAUGGUUUGUAAUUGCAAUGAUUAUUUCGUAUUUAUUUUAAAAUUGCUAUUUUUAUUUGCCGAUA